GUUGACGUGGAUAUGACUUAGCUAUCACGAUAGCCAAUUUUCGCCGGUUUCAUUACUAAGUUCUAUUAGUACCUCACAUAUAUCACAUAUAAUAACCAGCCUUUGCACCCGGAACUCAUACAGCCUUAGACGUAGUUAUUAUAUAAUGCGUUUCUCCAAAGCCCUUCCCUCAUCCCCUCACUGCUACCCGAGUCCGGAUGGGGAACUCAUUGCUACCCUCUUACCAUCCAGUAUUGUUGUACGCGCCGUUAAAUCUCUAGACGUUCUACGAAGUAUUAAACUACCGCCUGACCUUAUAGGUGGUGUAACAAGCUUCCUUUGGUCACCUUCCUCUACUCGGCUUCUAGUCGCAGUAGCCGAUCAGAUACAUAUAUUUUCGGCUCGAGAAGGUAAUUUUCAUGGAAUUGCCAGGAUUCCCUCUUCAGCUGCCAAAUCUGCCUUCAUCGAUUUUGGGGUUACCGAUUAUGAGGUUUGCAUCUGGUCGCCCUAUGGCAUCAAGCUAACCAUUAUCAACUUCACAAACUCAAAGGCAGUAGAAAUUGCCAACCCGAAAUUCUACAAUGCCGCCUCUGCGACAAAAGGGUGCUCUUUUCGGGUGAACUCUCGUCACCUUGCGUUACUCACAAGGUCUUCUGGCAAGGACAUGAUUAGCAUACAUUCUCCAGGAACCAGGGACAUUGAGAGAUCCUGGUAUCCUGACACCAUUGAUGCCCAAGGAUUGACUUGGACUCCAGAUGGGAGGUGGUUGGUGGUGUGGGAAUCAUCGGCCCAAGCCCCCAGGGUCCUUUUCUACACUUCUGAUGGCCACAUUUUCAACGAUUGGAGGGGUCCCCUCCCCUACGAAUCUCAAGACAUGGGUCUCCAAUAUAGUGCAGGUGUUAAAACAGUCGCUCUGAGCCCAGAUGGUCGACGUGUCGUAAUUGGCAACGGCUCUACUUGCACGUGCAUUCUAAACACCCCAUCUAUGAUGGAGGCUAUGCGGCUCCGUCAUCCCCAGGCGGUCCAGCCCAAAGAUACAUUACAGAUCUGGCAAGAACAAAGUACCUUUUCGAGUACUGGAUCAGUCUCGUCGCCAACAUUCGUCAAGGCCACCCAGAUAGUGACUCCCGAAUGGUCUACAUUAAAUAGCCUCCAGGAGCCCGUAUCAGGCUGUAAUUUUGCCAGGUUCGACUGCUCUUCGUCCCUCCUGGUUACAAGGCUGGAAGAGGCACCAGGUACCAUCUGGAUCUGGGAUCUCCCCAGUUCCAAUCUUCGGGCGGUGCUGAUGUAUCAUGCCAAUGUAACGAAACUAGAAUGGCACCCUACGCAGCCGGAGCUUCUCCUCAUGAGGUGCGAGGGUGACAGUUAUGGCAGUCUCGUGUUCGUCUGGGAUCCAUUAAGCCACGGCCCGCGCUCAGUGGAUUUGGCACACCGACUUCCAGGUUCAGUUAAUAACUCGAAGAUGUACGCCACAUGGCUCAGAACAACAGCAGAAUCUCCUGCAUUAUUCUUCAGUGACAGCGCAACCUGCAUGAUGGUCUCUCUUGCAGAUUCCGAUGAAGAGGCACUUCCCUGGCGAGAUGCUUCUACACCCAUUAAUACCAUCAGUCAUGGGGACGACAUAGGCAUGCAGUCAUCAAUCAGGCCCGCAUCGCCUUCAGAAGAUGCUGAAGACAGCAUUUUAAUUAACAUAGACGACGAUACUAGCGAGCCAGACGACACGUUCCAGUUUAUUGCCCACUAAGCUUAGGUGCAGGGAUAUUUGAUCAUAUCUCAAAUGAAUGAGAUGUUAGAUUGGAAAACCCGAUACCGUGGAAUUAUGGCUCCUUUGCUUAAUUCCGGAGGCGAAGCUUACUUUCUAGAUGCAAGAACGGCCAUUCGAUCACGUCGAAAAUGCAGGAUAACAGGAGAGUAGAUGGAGUAACGGGGAGAUGGUGGGUAGCCAUGUAAGAUAGCUUCCCCGGUAUUCGUAUUGUUUACCCUAGUGCGCGGCCGAUCAGCUCCAAUAUGCUAAUGCAGAUUCGAUUCAACCGCAGAAUCUAGGGCGCUAAUGGGGAAAAAAGAAAAAAAAGAAAAAAGAAAAAACAUGCGGUCCAUAGGUGAUGACUAACAGACAGGUUAGGAUUCGGUAAACAGGGUUGUUUCGAAUG